AUGUUUUCCUUACUUUCAAAAAAUGUCCACAAGGGAGCUAUUGGAACUGUCAGGUACAGUUCCACUAGCAGUUUACAAAAGGCAGCUUUGAGAAUCCAGAAUGGUCCUGUGUUUAAAGGCUACUCUUUUGGUGCCAAUAAAAAUGUCAGUGGUGAAGCUGUCUUUACUACAUCAUUGGUUGGAUAUCCGGAAUCUAUGACGGAUCCUUCCUAUAGGGGCCAAAUUCUUUGCUUUACGCAGCCCCUGAUUGGAAACUACGGUGUUCCUUCCUCUGCUGUUAAGGAUAAAUACAAUUUGCUCAAGUAUUUCGAAUCCCCACACAUCCAAUGUAAGGCCAUAGUUGUUGGAGAUGCUGCUAUGGAGUAUUCUCAUUGGACCGCAGUUGAGAGUUUGAGUGAUUGGUGCAAAAGAGAAGGGGUUGCUGCCAUAACUGGUGUGGAUACAAGAGCACUUGUUUCCUAUUUGAGGGAGCAGGGAUCGAGUUUGAGCAAGUUGCUGAUUGGUGAAGCAGCUGAGUCCGAAUCAAACACCCCUUACGAAGAUCCAAGCAAGCUGAAUCUGGUGUCUCAGGUGAGUACCAAGUCACCUUUCAAGAUUCCUGCCUUGUCACCAAAAUCCAACAUCCUUGUGAUUGACUGCGGUGUGAAGGAAAACAUAUUGAGAAAUCUCGUCAAGAGAGAUGCAUCCAUCACAGUUGUGCCAUAUGAUUUCCCGGUUCAGAAUAUAAUCUCCAAUUACGACGGUUUGUUCAUCACAAACGGUCCAGGUGAUCCAACAACUUGUGCUGCCACCAUUAAAAACUUGAAGGCAACAAUGGCACAGAACCUUGAUUUGCCAAUUAUGGGCAUCUGUUUGGGACACCAGUUGUUGGCACUAGCUAGUGGUGCACAUACUUUAAAGUUGAAGUAUGGUAAUCGUGCCCAUAACAUCCCUACUUUGGACUUGACCACAGGUCAGUGCCACAUCACGUCGCAAAACCAUGGUUAUGCCGUUGAUGCUUCGACACUACCAAGCGAUUUUGAGCAGUACUUUAUCAAUCUUAAUGACAUGUCUAAUGAGGGUAUGAUCCACAAGACAAGGCCAAUAUUCUCUACACAGUUCCAUCCAGAAGCCAAGGGUGGCCCAUUAGACACUUCGUUCUUGUUCGAUAGGUUCUUUGAAAAUGUUCAGACUUAUCAGAAGAGAAAUCAUGAAACUCUCAGUGAUCUGGCAUUUCUUACCAAGGAGUUCCCUCAGGAGAGAGUCUUCUUUUAA